UUUUUCAUACACACACCGAGAAAGUGAGUUGCUGCCUUUCUCUUCUCAGGUAACGCGAGCCAAUAAGCUCUGGCGUACGGUGCUCAAACACGCGAGCUCACGGAAAAAGAGGCGGGGACCUCGCGCACCUUCAGAGGACGCGGAGCGCGUGCGCACGCACUCACAUCGCUCGAGCGCAAACAGAGCAGCAGCUUUCACGGGGCUCAAACCGGCGGCUUGCAGAAGGGGCAGGUGGACGUCUGCGCAGACUACCACCUCCACUUGGCGGUCUGAAAGCAUCUCGGUGGAAAUUCGGCCACUUCUCGAAGCCCGUCAGUGAUUUCGGUGUCAUUUGUCACAAAUACAUGCCGUUCAAGUGCUCGUAGUAAACAGUUCCUCGAGAUGGAAAACGCCCACACUAAAUCUGCAUCAGAAGUUUUAGCAAACUUCGGUGUGAACGAAAACACUGGACUCACGCUGGAACAAGUGAAAAUUAAUUCUGAAAGAUAUGGACCAAACGAGCUCCCAGCCGAAGAAGGUAAAUCACUGUGGGAGUUGGUGGUGGAGCAGUUUGAGGACCUCCUGGUGAGGAUUCUGCUGCUGGCAGCUUGCGUGUCUUUCGUGUUGGCACUGUUUGAGGAUGGGGAGGAGUCGACCACAGCCUUCGUGGAGCCGAUUGUCAUCCUGCUCAUUCUGGUGGCCAACGCAGUCAUUGGAGUCUGGCAGGAGCGAAAUGCAGAGGAUGCUAUCGAGGCUCUGAAGGAAUAUGAGCCAGAGAUGGGCAAAGUCUACCGCAUGAACCGCACUGCCGUCCAGAGGAUCAAAGCUCGAGACAUUGUGCCUGGAGAUAUAGUGGAGGUUUCUGUUGGAGACAAGGUGCCAGCAGAUAUCAGGAUCACUUCAAUCAAAUCCACCACCCUGAGAGUGGACCAGUCAAUUCUCACAGGCGAGUCUGUGUCUGUUAUCAAACACACUGAUCCUGUGCCAGAUCCACGAGCUGUCAAUCAAGACAAAAAGAACAUGCUGUUUUCUGGCACAAACAUUGCUGCGGGUCGGGCUAUCGGUAUUGUUGUCUCCACCGGCGUUUCCACUGAAAUCGGCAAGAUCCGCAACCAAAUGGCAUCAACUGAACAGGAGAAGACCCCGCUGCAACAGAAGCUGGAUGAGUUUGGCCAACAGCUUUCAAAGGUCAUUUCCCUCAUCUGCGUCGCCGUCUGGGUCAUUAACAUCGGCCAUUUCGCUGACCCGGUCCAUGGUGGCUCAUGGAUUCGAGGUGCCAUCUACUAUUUCAAAAUAGCUGUGGCCUUGGCAGUGGCAGCCAUCCCAGAGGGUCUUCCAGCUGUCAUCACCACCUGCCUGGCAUUGGGCACUCGUCGUAUGGCCAAGAAAAAUGCCAUUGUCCGUUCUCUGCCCUCAGUGGAGACAUUGGGAUGCACCUCUGUUAUCUGCUCAGACAAGACGGGGACCCUGACAACCAACCAGAUGUCUGUCUGCAAGAUGUUGGUGGUUAAUAAGGCUGAUGACACCAGCUGCUCCCUGCAUGAGUUCACCAUCACCGGCUCAACCUAUGCUCCAGAGGGACAAGUGCUGAAAGCUGACAAGCCGGUGCAGUGUGGAGAAUAUGAUGGUCUGGUGGAACUGGCUACUAUCUGCUCCUUGUGCAACGACUCCUCGCUGGACUAUAAUGAGGCCAAAGGAGUGUACGAAAAAGUGGGCGAGGCCACAGAAACUGCGCUCACGACUCUGGUGGAGAAGAUGAACGUGUUUAAAACCGACCUCUCCGGACUCAGCAAAGUGGAACGAGCUUCAGCAUGCAACUUGAUUAUCAGAAAGCUGAUGCAGAAAAAAUUCACACUGGAGUUUUCCAGAGACAGGAAGUCCAUGUCUGUGUACUGCACUCCCAAUGGCUCGAACUCUCAGAACAAGAUGUUUGUCAAGGGCGCUCCAGAGAGUGUGAUUGACCGUUGUCAGUUUGUGCGUGUCGGUAAAGACCGUGUCCCGUUGACCAUGGCGGUAAAGGAGAAGCUGACGAGCACUAUUAGAGACUGGGGGACAGGCAGGGACACUCUACGCUGCUUGGCUCUGGCCACACGAGACUCUCCCCCUCUUCAAGACAAAAUGGACCUGGAAAACGCUGCCAAGUUCUCCGAGUAUGAGUCAAAUCUCACCUUCGUUGGCUGUGUGGGGAUGUUGGAUCCGCCCAGAAAGGAGGUGAUUGGCUCAAUAAAGCUGUGCAGUAAGGCCGGUAUACGUGUCAUCAUGAUCACUGGGGACAACAAGGGCACCGCUGUGGCCAUCUGCAGACGCAUUGGCAUUUUCCACGAGGAUGAAGAUGUGGAAGGAAGAGCCUACACAGGCAGGGAGUUCGAUGACCUUACUCCAGAGGCCCAGCGAGAAGCUGUGAAAAGGGCACGGUGCUUCGCCCGUGUCGAGCCUGCACACAAGUCCAAGAUCGUUGCUUAUCUGCAGUCCUUUGAUGAGAUCACAGCGAUGACUGGUGAUGGUGUUAAUGAUGCCCCGGCCUUAAAAAAGGCUGAAAUUGGCAUCGCUAUGGGCUCAGGCACAGCUGUAGCCAAGUCUGCCUCUGAGAUGGUGCUCUCAGAUGAUAACUUCUCCACCAUUGUGGCCGCAGUGGAAGAGGGAAGAGCCAUCUACAACAACAUGAAGCAGUUUAUCCGUUACCUCAUCUCCUCCAACGUGGGAGAGGUGGUGUGUAUUUUUCUGACAGCCAUCCUAGGCCUGCCUGAGGCUUUGAUCCCCGUCCAGCUGUUGUGGGUGAACCUGGUGACAGAUGGUCUGCCAGCCACUGCCCUGGGCUUCAACCCCCCUGAUCUGGACAUCAUGGACAAGCCUCCCAGAAACCCUAAGGAGCCUCUCAUCUCCGGCUGGCUGUUCUUCAGAUACCUGGCCAUUGGAGGAUACGUAGGUCUAGGCACUGUCGGCGCUGCAACCUGGUGGUAUUUGUUUGAUGAGAACGGGCCACAGGUGUCUUUUUAUCAGCUGCGGCACUUUAUGCAGUGUACAGAAGAAAACCCCAUGUUUCAGGGGAUUGACUGUGAGGUCUUCGAGUCACGUUACCCCACCACCAUGGCUCUUUCUGUGCUUGUUACCAUAGAGAUGUUCAACGCUCUUAACAGCCUGUCAGAGAAUCAGUCUCUGAUAAGAAUGCCACCCUGGGUGAAUAUAUGGCUGCUGGGGGCCAUAAUUCUUUCCUUGUCUCUACACUUCCUCAUCCUGUAUGUGGAGCCUCUACCGCUGAUCUUCCAGGUAACUCCACUGCAUUAUUCCCAAUGGAUCGUAGUCCUCAAGAUCUCAAUUCCUGUCAUCCUAUUGGAUGAGGCACUCAAGUUUAUCUCCCGCCACCACUUAGAAGGUGAAGAGGAGGAAAAGUACAGGAAGAGUCGGCAGCUGAAAUUCUAGGACAACUUCCUCCAGACACACAUGAACACACACACGCCCACCUCCGAGCUCUACAGACUACACUCCAUACACACACAUUCACACACAAGUUCGUCAUCACUCCUCCCGUGUCUUCACUGCAUGUCCAGCCACCACUAAAACAAGCAGGGCUUGUGGUUUCUGUUACUGUGUGUGCGUGUGUGUGUGAGAGAGUGAGAGAUUAGGCGUGUGUGUUGGCAUGUGCAUGGGCCUGAUUCCAUCAUGUCAAGCAGUUGUGUGACCGUUUGUUUUCUUUUAUUUUGCUUUUAAGCUUUCAUAUCCUUGCUGUACAUAAUAGGGCAGUUUCUGGUGCACUUGAGGGAGCAGAAGAAGGUUUGACGUUAAACAUUUGGGAAUUACGGGUCAAAUUCAUGAGGGGGUGCGGGGCAAUGAAACAAUACUUCACAAACAAAAUAAUUAACUUUACACAAUUGAAAAAGAGAGGAUAGAGAUGGCUUCAAAUGAGUCUUUUAAUGUGUGGACAGAAUGGCAAGUUUCUUAAGUGGUCAACUCCAGUUUCUCUCUCGUUCCUCUCUUUACAGAUGGGGUGGCCACCUUCAGUGCUGAGAGCUCAUCCUCUUAGCCAUUUAGAUAACGGUUUACACAAGGCUCAACUUGGCAACAGAUAUAUUUAAACUGCACUUGAAUUUAAAAAGAAACAAAAAGAUGUCUAAAAUAAGUGACAUGUAAACCUGAGCAUGUUGAAACAUACUUCGUUUUAGAUUCAAGUAUAUGUGAAAUAAUAGUCCCAUGUAUCUAUUUUACCUACAAAAAAAUUCAAAACUGUCCAAAAUAUGUACACAGGAUCACAAACGCAAACUGAUCCUAUCCCAGCCUUCUUCUCUUCUCCACCUAUUUUAUUCUCUAGAGUGAACUCCAUUUGAACACUAGUAACUAUGUGCUGCAAGUAAAUCGAUCCGAAUGUGGUGCAGCCUGCCAUAUGCUGUAAGUAUUAAUAUCUAUGGCAGGUUUUAAAUAUGAUGAGAGGGAAGAAGGAGGAAAGAAACCGAUUGGUUCUUUGGCGUAAAGGGCAGUCCAGAUCUGCAGCAUUGCUUGUUGGGACAUCUUUGAUGUUUAACAUUCUGACUCACUCCUCCACACAAACACAUGCAUCCUCAUUAUGGAGUGCAGGGGUCUGACUUGAAUGUAUUUUCACUUGCUUCCUCGCUUAUCCUUUGAAAUGUAUCCAGAGUGAGAGACUCUGCAGUCCUAAACUGCACUUUUCAAGCUUCUUUAAUACCGUAUGCUGCCAGAUGGCUUUUUCCAUUUGCUCUUGUUUUCCUUCCUCAUGUUCAUUUCAGUUGAGUUGACAUCGUCAUCAUGAACACACAAUCAUCCUUAACACAGUGGGGCUUACAUGCUUGACGUACAACAUGUCCGCAGACGGAGGACUCUCUACCGCUAGUGCUUUUCUUGCAAUUUUGAUGAAUUCUGCAUUUUUUUUUUUUUUAUAAAGUAAUAAUAAUGUAUUUGACUGAAAGAACCCAGGUGGUUUAGUUUGUCAGUUUUGCUGUUAAGGGUAUCAUAUGCCUUCAUCAGUCUGUUGGGAAAUGCUGGUGUGCUGUUAUCAGACAAAUUGGCAAACCAACUACAGUACGCCUGUGCCUGGUGUCAUUAUGCUUGCCGUGGUAAAACCACAGUGUGAAGAGUCUGUGUCCACUUGUUAGCUGUGACAAUGAUGUGAGCAUCAUUUUGUCACAGCCUAGAAUCAUCUGUUUUGCAAGUAACAAAUGUGAGUGGUGUAAAUGCUAUUUAAAAGGCAAGCUCUGUGUCCCAUGUGCUCUCACACUUUUAGCUAUUCCAAUGGCAACAUAUUAAAAUGUAACUUUAGGGUCAGCGUACUGACAUGAGGCAGCAAGGCCGCUCAUAUUCAUCACACUAGCAUCUGCACCAAUAGGAAGUGUAGGCUUUGUACAGGCUUGCUAAUAACUACUGAUCCCUUGAACUCAGUAAAAAAAAAAAAAAAAAAAACUAAAUACCUGAUUGCAUGGAACCUUGUUACUGUAAUUAAUAACCUAUACAGUAUAUUAACUUUUUUUAAAUAAUGACUUAAAUGAAACAUUACCACCCGGAAGAGAACAGUGCAAAACUUUUUUUUCUUUUUUCUUUCUGCGUUCAAGUAACUAAAGAUGGAGAAUAUUUUGUAGAACAGUGGAGGUUGUUUAUUCAUUGUUACAGUUUGUUUUUAAAGGUUGCAGGGUUUUUGUGUCUUUUCAAUUUAGUUUAGGAGUUGUAAAAUAAAGAUAAGAAUUGUGCUUUUUGCAACUAUAAUUGGGUUUGAAUGUCUGAAGAUUUGUAGUUUUUCUUUGUUUGUCUGUUUUGUUUGAUGAUUGUUCUGGGAAAGGAACAUCUUGAGGUUCACAGAGUGACGUCCAGUAGUCAAUACUGGCUUAUGAAGUCGUUCUCUUGAAGGGCUUGGUGUGGGUACUGUGGCUCCACAGAAAUUAAAUGUCUGUGUGUUAAGCAGAAAGUUAGACGUCCACUUUGUAAAUCUGUUUCAAUCCAUAUUUAAAAAAAAGAAAUGUUUUCACAUUCUUGAACGUCUUUUAUUGGUGUUUCAUCUACAUACAGUUUUCAUCAAACAAUACUGAAUGUUUUCAUUCCCGAACGUUCUUAGUUGUUCGUUAUGAACAAUCUCGAAAGGGUUGACAGUCAGGAUAGCAAACACAAGAUUGUAGUGACGUUUCCCUCCAUUUGUUCUCGAGCACAGUGUGGUCCUGAGAUGAACCGUUCGUCCUGGACGGCUGUCUUUCUGCCUGCGCACAAACCGGCUGGAGCUUUGCACCCACUACUGAGAAAUAAUUCUCUGUAAACGCCUUCGUAAUAUUAAUUGUGGAUACAUAAUUUUAUAUAUAUGAAAAAGACAUGUCAAAUAAAGAUUAUUUAUCUUCUAAUUUA